GCAAUAAAUAUUUUAUUUGAAUCAUGGUACAGACAAUCUGCAACGCGUAAGAUAUUAGGGGAUUAAUAUUUUUGUAAGUGGUUAAAAGGGAAAGAAAAAACUUAAACCACUAUAUAUAUAAGUCUUAUAAAUAAUGAGUUAAAUGAAGCAAAUUAUUAUUGGGAUAGAAGAAAGGAAAGAUGGAAGAAAAAAAAGUAGCAAUAAUAGGAGGUGGAAUAAGUGGUUUAUUAGCAUGCAAACACCUUCUUGAGAAAGGGUUUAAGCCAUUAGUUUUUGAAGCUAAGAGCACAAUUGGAGGUGUUUGGUCACAAACUUUGAGAUCAACUAAGCUUCAAACUCCUAAAAGUUAUUACCAAUUCACUGACUUUCCAUGGCCAUCUAGUGUUAAAGAAACAUUCCCUCAUAAUAUUCAAGUUAUGCAGUAUCUUACAGCAUAUGCUUCGCAUUUUAAUCUUCUUCCUUAUUUUAAAUUCAAUUCCAACGUUUUAAGUAUUGAUCACGAUGAUUAUCAUAAUGAUUUAGAUGAUGAUCAUGAUGUGUGGGUGGUAUGGGGUGAUAAUGGAGGAUCUUUACAUGAUAAUCAUGCGAAAAAAUGGAAAGUAAGAGUUGAAGAUCUUAGUUGUCAUCAUCCUACCAAGCCUGCUGAGGUGCAGGUUUAUGAAGUAGAUUUUGUGAUCAUCUGCACAGGAAAGUAUAACCUGCCAUAUGUACCAGAAUUUCCAAAGGAUAAAGGUUUAGACAUAUUUUCAGGGAAGGUUUUACACUCAAUGGAGUAUGCUGCUUUACACGAUGAUGAAGCAUCUAAACUUAUUACCAAUAAAAAUGUGACUGUCGUUGGAUUUCAAAAAUCAGCUGUUGAUCUUGCCUCAGAAAUCUCUAGACAUAAUGGUGCAAAGCAUCCAUGCACAGUGUUGUACACGAGAGCGCAUUGGACAGUUAGUGAAAGCUUGCUCAAGCUCAACUUUCAGCUUUUGAAUCGAUUUGGUGAGUUGAUGAUCCACAAACCUGGUGAAGGGUUGCUCUUGUGGCUCUUGGCUACUCUUUUAUCACCCUUGAUGUGGAUCUUCUCAAAAGUAAUGGAAACUUAUCUGAAGUGGAUCUUUCCUUUAAGAAAAUACAACACACUCCCAGACCAUAGUUAUUUAAACCAAGUUGUAUCAUGCAUGACAGCAGUUUUGCCAACAGAUUUCUAUGAUAUGGUUAAACAAGGAAGCUUAGUUUUGAAAAAAGCUCAAACUUAUGCUUUCUACAAAAAUGGUCUAAUUGUUGAUGGAACAAAUCUACCAAUGGAUGUGGUUAUCUUUGCAACUGGAUUUAAAAGUGAACAAAAUCUCAAAAAUAUUUUUUCCUCCAUUACUCUCCAGAAGUUGAUCAAUGGUGAAUCCUCCACUCCAUUCUACAGGGAAUGCAUUCAUCCAAGAAUACAUCAGUUAGCAAUUUUAGGCUACCCAGAGAGCGCUUCAAAUCUAUUUAGUAUAGAGAUGAGAAGCAAAUGGUUGGCACAUUUACUUGCUGGAAAAUUCAAAUUGCCAAAGAUAAAAGACAUGGAAAAAGACAACAUAAAUUGGCAGAAAUGUAUGGUUAAUUAUGUGGGUAAAAGGUAUAAAAGAUCUUGUGUUAGUGUGUUGCUUCAAAUACACCAAAAUGAUCAAUUAUGCAAAGAUAUGGGUUAUAACCCUAAGAGGAAAAAUUCUUUUUUUUCUGAAUUAUUUGCACCUUAUUCUCCAUUAGAUUAUGCAAACAUUAAAUAGUAAGCUUAUCAAGUGACCAAGAUUAAUCAUCUUGAUAAUUAAUGAUAUAGGAUAAAUAUAAUUAGAUAUAUUAUGUUUAAUUUGUUGAAACUGUUAUGCUGCAGACAUUGUAUAAGUGUGGAAUAAAUGUAUUCUGUUAAAACCAUUAUUAUAUAUUUAGUAACUGUAUUUGUAUCUAUUGU